AUGCCGGCCCCAAAAGAUGUCACUGGAGUUCGAUCGUUUCUGGGAGCGAUAAAUUACUAUGGGAAGUUCGUCCCGAGUAUGCGUACGCUGCGAUAUCCGCUAGAUGACCUCCUAAAAACCGACAAAAAGUUCGUCUGGUCAGCGGAGUGCGACAAGGCCUUCUCCACGUUCAAGCAGAUUCUCACCUCAGAUUUGCUUCUGACGCACUAUAACCCACAACGCGAGAUAGUGGUAGCAGCGGAUGCGUCAUCGGUUGGAGUUGGAGCGACCAUCAGCCACAAGUUUCCAGAUGGGUCGAUGAAAGUUGUUCAACACGCUUCCAGAGCACUAACAGCCGCUGAACAAGCCUACAGUCAGCCAGAUCGUGAAGGACUGGCGAUUAUCUUCGCUGUUACCAAGUUCCACAAGAUGUUGUUUGGUCGGAAGUUCACACUGCAAACCGAUCACGCUCCACUUCUUCGGAUCUUCGGUUCGAAAAACGGCAUCCCAGUUUACACGGCAAACCGGAUACAACGCUGGGCACUCCAGUUACUGUUAUACGACUUCAAUAUCGUCUACAUAAACACAACGAAAUUUGGUAACGUCGAUAUUCUGUCACGGUUGAUCAAUCAACACGUCAAGCCGGAAGAAGAUUUUGUAGUAGCCAGCAUCAUAACUGAAAACGACGUAAGAUCAAUUGCAUUAGAUGCAGUUACCGCUCUUCCUCUCAAUUUCAGAACAAUACAGCACGCCACCCGUUCCGAUCCUGUUCUUAGCAAGGUCUAUCGUUUCGUCCAGCAAGGAUGGCCGCAGUCAAAAACGGCCAUUCGAGAUCGUUCACUUCAGCAGUUCUUCGAUCGGAGUGGUUCACUGUCUACGGUUCAAGGGUGCGUGAUGUUUGCUGAACGUUUAGUGAUCCCGAGCGAGUUUCGGGCGCGUUGCCUACAACAUCUUCAUCGAGGUCAUCCUGGCAUCCAGCGCAUGAAGGCGAUCGCGCGCAGCUUCGUCUACUGGCCGUCGAUCGAUUCGGAUAUCGCUGCGCAUGUCAAAGCGUGUCGUAACUGCGCAGCUGCAGCCAAGAGUCCACCCAAAAUACCGCCGCUGUCGUGGCCCAAGUCAACGCAUCCGUGGCAGCGCGUUCACAUUGACUACGCAGGGCCUAUCGAAGGAGACUAUUUCUUGCUCAGCGUCGAUUCAUACUCCAAGUGGGUCGAAAUCAUCAGAAAGAAGUCGAUCACAGCAUCUGCAACGAUCGGAAUUCUACAAAAUCUCUUCGCUCGCCUCGGUAUGCCAGAAACGCUUGUAAGCGACAACGGUACGCAAUUCACUAGUGCCGAGUUUGCACAGUUUUGUCUUGAGAACGGUGUCGACCACGUGACAACCGCACCGUUUCAUCCGCAAUCCAACGGGCAAGCUGAACGGUUCGUAGACACAUUCAAGCGAGCGAUCAAGAAGAUUCGAGAGGGAAGAGGACCAAUCCAGAACGCUUUGGAUAUUUUUCUGAUGACUUAUCGAACAACACCAAACGUGUCAGCACCAGAAGGCAAAUCUCCGUCCGAAGUUAUGUUUGGGCGCAGAAUUCGUACCAGUUUGGACUUACUUCGUCCAUCAGCUGUUCGGGAAACAAUUAGUGAAACUGUUCCGAGGUCGUUCAAGGAAGGUGAUGCGAUCUACGCCAAGGUGCACUCCAAGAACUCAUGGAGAUGGGCACCAGGGGUCAUUCUAGAGCGGGUUGGACAGGUGAUGUUCAACGUGUGGAUUGAGAGUAGCCGGAUGAUUCGUUCACAUAUCAACCAGCUUCGAAGCCGAACAGAAUCUGGCGCCAAAACUUCUAGCUCGAUGCCUUCCAAGGUGGAUACAUGUCAGUUGCCUCUGGACAUCUUGCUGCGAGCAUGGAACCUGCACAAGCCGAGCCAAUCACAAUCAACGGGUCCGUCUACACCACCAGUACCAUUGCCGCAAGCCGCGCCGGUUGCAUCAACGCCGUCCAUGCUCACAACUCCGGCUGAACAUUCAACACCAUUGAAGAGCUUGCCAUCCACGCCAACUUCACCAAGCUUAGUCUGGGUUACACCAGAAUCAACAACAGAUAGUCGUCAGCCUUCUUCCACCAUGCCUACAUCCAAAUCUGUAGUUCCUUUGUCCCCUGCAACGACUGCUCUAUCAUCCAGACCUACUGAAGUGGAAACAGCUGUACAGGUACCUCGUCGCUCUUCACGUCUGCGAAGACCGCCGAUAAGGUUUAACCCGUACCAGCUGUAUUAA